AUGAUUCCUAUGGCAAAAAGUAGAAAGAGCGUAGCUGUUAGUGUCUACGUUGAACUUUGCCGGUUAUUAACACAACCACCGUCGGAAACCAGCUGUAGCGAAUUGUUAGAGUCUUGCAGACGCUUUCAGCAACUCAUGAUAUGCACAUGGUGUAGAAGAUUGGUGGUCUUUCCAGUAAAAUCCAAAUUAUGCUGUCAUUACGUGUGUAAGCACUGUCGAUGGACUGGUCGAAAUCAGACUGCAUUAUGUCAGAGUUGUAAUAAUCGUGAACGUUUUGAAAAUGCAGUCGAUGAAGAAUGCAAAAGUCUAGUUAAAUGCUUCAAUUGCUUAGCCAAGUAUGUUAGCGCCAUCGUCGAUGACCUAGUUGGAAAUGCAAAAACCAAAAUUCAGUUAAAUCAGCUGCUCAUACAAAUACAAGAGGAUUAUCGCUGCGAAGAUGAAAUCUUCCAUUCUAUGGAUGCAAUGGAUGAAGAAUCGAAUAGGAAAAAGCGUCGUGGUGAUACAGAAUUUCUGAUAGAUGCUUUAAGUCCUAAAGAGAGAAUAAAUCUAUCUACACUAGAUUAA